UCUCGGGUCCUUCUGCUCGCCUGGCUUUAGCUUCCCCUGUACGGGAAGAAGUGUGGGUCAAUCCACAUCAGGGAGAUGGCGGAGGAGGAGGAUGAGCUGCUUGGGGAGAGGUUACUCUUCCUCCCUGAUCGCCAUGUCCGUUACUUCCAGCGGAGCCUCCAGGCGCUCCCGGAGCAGUGCUCGUCCCUGGAGACCAGCAGGUUGACCAUUGCGUUUUUUGCUCUUUCUGGACUGGACAUGCUGGAUUCAUUGCAUGUUGUGGACAAAGCUGAAAUAAUAGAGUGGAUAUACUCACUCCAGGUUCUUGCCACUGAAGACAAAUCCAAUCUAGAUCGAUGUGGAUUUCGAGGUUCAUCGUGUUUGGGGUUGCCAUUUAAUCCAUCUAAGGGUCACGGAGUUUACCAUCCCUAUGACAGUGGCCACAUAGCAAUGACCUACACUGCUCUCUCUAGUUUGCUGAUCCUAGGUGAUGAUCUGAGUCGUGUCAAUAAAGAAGCGUGUCUCGCAGGACUGCGUGCUCUCCAGCUUCCUGAUGGGAGUUUUUGUGCGGUCCCUGAGGGAAGCGAGAAUGACAUGCGAUUUGUGUACUGUGCAUCAUGCAUCUGUUAUAUGCUCAAUGACUGGUCGGGGAUGGAUAUGGAGAAGUCAAUAGAAUACAUUAGAAGAAGUAUGUCAUAUGAGAAUGCACUGGGACAAGGAACCGGCUUAGAAGCUCAUGGUGGGUCUACAUUUUGUGGCGUUGCUUCUCUUUGUCUUAUGGGAAAACUCGAAGAUGUCUUCUCCGAGAAAGAACUCAACCGAAUAAGAAGAUGGUGCAUCAUGAGGCAACAAAAUGGUUUCCACGGCCGACCUAACAAACCAGUUGACACGUGUUAUUCCUUCUGGGUUGGAGCAACUUUAACGCUUUUAGACAUCUUCAAGUAUACAAACUUUGAAAAAAACAGAAACUUUAUUUUAUCUACCCAAGACCGUCUCGUCGGUGGUUUUGCAAAGUGGCCAGAUAGCCAUCCAGAUGCCUUGCACGCAUACUUUGGGAUCUGUGGCCUUUCUUUAAUGGGGGAGUCUGGAAUCAAUGAAGUCCACCCAGCACUGAAUGUAAGCAUAACCACCUACAAACAUCUCCAGCAGCUCCACGACUCCUGGAAAGCCAAGAACUGUGCAAAUCAUGGUCACCUCAGUCCUUGACUGAUGGCCGCCAGCAUCGCCUUAGGAUGGAGAUUCAUAGCCCCACUUCUAAGCCAUGUAUUAACCAAGUGUGCUUUUUCGUACUGGAGUCCUUCGAUCAAAGUGUUCAUUGGUUAGUAGCACUGCAUUGUACAACAGGCUUCAACCACCUUUCCUGUACCUCAAUAAAAAUAAUUUUAUAAGAUGGUAUUAUUUUAAAGCGAUCACGUCAUCAUUCAGCAGCUUCAUGAAUUUACUAUGGUCAUUUGUAAACUAUAUUCAGCCCCUAGGACACAAAAACACAGAAGCUUCAAUGUAAACAGGUUUUAAAUGUAUGCAAUUAGAGAUGAGCGAACUUACAGUAAAUUUGAUUCGUCACGAACUUCUCGGCUCGGCA